CCACCACCGCUGUACUGUAGGCAUACAUCUGUCGGGUCAGCAUUGCUAUCAAACGGCGCAAUGGUCACAAUCCGCGCACCUUCCUCCCUCCCCGUCACCGAACCGUCGCCUGCCAUAAAACCACCUACACUGCAAUGGAUCUCGGGCUCGUGGAGCGUCACCCACUCGACACUCCCCAUGUGGAAAAAGAACCGCAAUGUGGUCAUCACAUACACCCCGGUCCCGGACACAUCACCUCCACAUCUCGAUGAUCUAGUCACAUACCAGCCCAUCAGCUCCUCCUCCACCAAGACCGUUCACGGCGUGGACAAACCCUUCUCCGUACCAAACACUGCGAAUAGCGACGGCGAUGGCGAAGACGCGAAAGAUGUCGCGAGUCUGGGAUACAACUGGAGGGGGAAGGGCUGGCUGAUGAUAGCUUCGUCAAAGUGGGAGAUACUGGGGUAUGGCGACGACGAACAGCAGGGAGCGCAAAACUCGUGGGUGGUGACGUACUUUGCGAAGACCUUGUUCACGCCUGCUGGAAUUGAUAUCUACUCAAGGAAAGGAAAGCUGAGACCCGAGAUGGUGGAGGAGAUCAAGGCAGGUCUGGCUGGGUUGGGCGGGGAUGUAGCCAAAUUAGCUGGCGAGGUAUUUGAGGUGGCUAUGGACGAGGGGAAAUAA